AUGGUUAUAGUCACUUCUGGAUUUAUGGCUUAUGAAACAAUAACAUUUAGUUCAAUCCAAGAUUAUGCAAGAAUAAUAUUUGGUUGUGGAAAAGAUCAAAUGAGAGGGCUUAGGAAAUUCACUAGAAAAUUCAGUGGAAUUGCUGGUCUAUAUACAAAUGGAUUUGAGAAAUAUUCAUUACCGUCACAACUUGUUGCUAAUUUAUUCUCUUUAUGCAUUCCUAGUACAACUUCAGGGAAACCAUCUACACUUAACUUCUACAAAACCCCAUGGACAACAGGUAUAAGGGCAACCCUGAUGAGGAACAACAGAUUUCCUCCAUUUUACUACAUACGAGACUUGGAGAAAAUUACGAUCAACAAUAAGGAAGUUCCUAUUGAUCCUUCUCAUUUUAAUUUGGGUGAAGAUGAAUAUAGUGGUGUGUUUGUUGAUACAGGAACCUCUAUUACCCAAUUUCCUCUUGAUGCUUAUGUCCAAUUUAGGUCCAUUUUUAGGUCAGAAGUUAAAGAUAAGCCAUUGGCUCCAAACCCACCAGGUUUAUUUGACACAUGUUAUUGGGCUGGUAAAAAUGUUAAUUGGGCCAAUUUUCCAGUUGUAAGUGUAUUUCCCUAA